AAAAGUGCAUUAAUUUGAGAUUGAAGCACUAAAUUGUUUUUGUAUUGUUGGAAGACGCGACACAAACGUUUCUACGGACAUGGUUUCUACGAUGACUGAAGAAGAACAAGCUGCACAGGCAACGCGACAUACAAGAAAUAAUGACUCUGUAGACGAAGAGUUGGGUUUGAAGGACCUUCCACCCAAUUCCUUCGUUAGGCGCUAUUCGUAUGGAAAUAUGGGCGGCAUGUCAAAGGAAUACCACCCUCCUACCAAACAAGUUGUGAGUUUGGGACAUCCAGAGGCCUUAGGGUUGGCAGGUUUUGCGGCAACAGACUUUAUGCUGAGUUGUAUCAAUGCCAAGUUGUUACCUAGUGGCUUGACAAAUAGUAUUAUUGCACUAGGCUUUAUGUAUGGAGGUUCGGCACAGCUGAUUGCUGGCAUCAUGACUUUCAUUAAACAAAAUACUUUUGGUGGAGUUGCAUUUUCGAGCUACGGUGCCUUUUGGCUAGCCUUUGGCGUUCUUAUUACGUUAGAAGCAGAAUAUGGAACGAAUUUAUUGUCAACAACUGACUUUGACAUGGCGCUAGGUUUUAUUCUAGUUUGUUACACCAUUUUUAAUACUUAUAUGUUCGUUGCAACGAUGGCGCAUAAUAUACAGCUUUAUAUUAUAUUCUUGACGUUAGAAAUGCAACUUGUUCUUGUAGACAUGCAUUUCUUUGGUGCUAUUAGUUCGGUUCCUGGUGGAAUAUUGGGAAUGUUGUGUUCGAUAAGUGCUUGGGUUUUGUCUGCGACUAUUGUUAUCAAUGAUAGUUUCGGAACCACCGUGAUUCCUAAUCCGGAACUCAAAGAUCUUCCCAUCUUCCGUGACUGGGUAAAGAUGAUAAAAGGAGAGAAGUAAUAGUGAGUGGUGGUUGUGGAAUAUAGAGACUCUGUUUGUCUUGUGCAGUUUUUAUGGAGUGUUUUGUGUGUUUGCUUCUUAUUUAGAAAACUGUUGAUAUGAGACAGUAUUUCGUGUUUCUUAUAAAUACGAACGUGUCUACUUUGGUCCGUAUUUAUUUGCAAUGCGGCAAGGCCUAAAACAUAUUUCGUUUCUUCCUUACACGUUAAGAAACCUUUCGACACAGAACUCUUCCUUCUUAACAGUACUUUCACUUAAGAAAAAGGUGGGGAUAAGCCCUGAGGGAGAUAAAAACGAUACAGAGUGGCUACAAGCGUCAUCACAAAAAGUGCCAUAGUAAUAGUGAAGAAAAAUAUAUCGCCCACAAUCCGAGUUGUUCUUGGCAUUUUGGAACUCUUACUUUCUGCUUGAGUUGCCUCUUCCUGUCCUUUCCCAGGUCUCGUCUCAUCCUUGGAAGACUGUUGCUUACAAACAUAAUAGGUUGCUCUAUUUUUCAAAAAAUGUCUACAAGGUUGUUCUCUCAACAAUGCUUUAUUUGUUUCUUGUUGCCGAAAGUUCUGUUUCCAAAGAGGGCGUCUUAAAGUUACAGCCUGUUGUGAGAAAGUGAAGCCAAUCCCAAUCAUCUUGAAUGGACAAUCGAAUUUCGUUCCCAUCGAGCAGGUUUUGUUUCA